AACAUGAACUUUGUGAAACCGUGCAAAAGUAUCUGCUUCAUUUUUUUGGGAUUACUAUCAGCACUAAAAUGUCAGUCAUUAGAAAGCGAAGACUUGCAUCACCUGUCGGACCGAGAAAAAGUCGAAGCGCUAGUAAAACAAUGGGCACCGCUAGUAUGGUUGGCACCGAAUGAAAAAUACAUGCCCGGAGAUGUGUCCAAGUUUCUCGAGCAUGUGCACGCGGAAGAGGCGAAAGUAGUGACAGUUUAUCCGGGCAGCGAAAUUACAGAGCUCGACGAUCUCAAACACUACGACGAUGGGAUGACUAACGAACUGUCGUACUACGAUCCGGUAGAUCAGCGGCAGGGGCGCUUUCGCAACAAGCGAAACUUUAAGGAUCCUGCCGUAUCGUUGGACUUACUGUUCGACUUUCCGAUUGGGAAUGAGUCGAAAAAUUGGUACCUAGUGACCAACAACGACAUCGACGAACUGAUCACCCACAAGGACUCGUUCCUGCAUGGACAGAAUCCGCUCAAAGAAAAUGUGCCAAUCUACGCGGUGGUCAGCAUGUGCCGACAUUCGCAAGCGGAUAUAUCCCACAACCCGGACACGGGUGUACCAUUCACGCAGCCGCCAACGACGACCGCAUAUCCGUCAACUCAUCUGCUUCAUGUAAAAAAUAAUCAAGAAAAUGAAGUCGCCUACACAGCCAAGGAACGACCACCGUACAAGCGAAAUCCGUACGCUCCAACGCCGAAAAACAUCUUCGAACUGCAACCCAAUUUGCGCCAGACGAUGAAUAAGGUAGAAAAAAGUAUACGUCUGAUUCGCAGAAAACGAGAACUAGUGGAGUCCACUACACUCGUGGGCCAAACGUCCUCCGACAGCACAGAUAUACCACCAAAGCAAGAUGCUGACGACCUCACCGUGGGAAGGAAGGUUACUAUCGAUUCCGACGAUGGAAACGGUAAGCACAAUUUAAACACCGACACGGACGAUUCUGUUGAGAGUCUACCGAGAAGCGAAGAAAAUGAGGAGUGGGAAACGAUCACCGAACGGAGGCAUGAUACCGAACGAUAUCGUGAGGAAGUGUCCCAUGAUUAUCCCCACUUUCACGUCACGUAUUGGAUGUUCUAUCCCUACAGUCAGGGUAAAAUAAUGUGUACCAUCGAUUUGGGACCGUUUGGUCCAUGGCCGAUACCUCUAAUCUUUGGCAUGUGUCUUGGGACGAAGAAAGAGUUCGGCAGCCAUGUUGGCGACUGGGAGCAUAUGAGUCUCUUUUUCCGCGGCAGAAAGGAACCAGAUGAAAUGUACGUGUCGGCCCACGAUGCAGGGGCAUUCUAUUCGUACGAAAGGCUAACGGGAACGUUCGAAUAUCAUAGUCAGGAAACACGAAAAGGAAUUCUUCAACAGCCAACCUUCCCCAAGACGGUCGUUACAUCCAGCAAUCAUCCCGUGCUGUUUGCAGCGGAAGGCUCCCAUGGGUUGUGGACGGCACCCGGCAAACACAAAUUCGUACGCGUUCCCCGUCUCUACGACAUCAAUGGAUUCGGCAUGCCGUGGUCAACGUGGAGGAACGUUCAAGUCAUCUACGAGAAUGGCCACCAAGGACGCAGUGCACUGCAACCGAAAUGGAUGAAAUUCAACGGACGCUGGGGCAAUCCGAAGACGAAAUGCCAUCCCCUCAAACGGAUCGGUUUGCAUAUAUGUGAGCUAACCGAUGGUCCAACGGGAAUCCCGCGUAAAAAACAUCACUUUAAAUGUAAAGCAUGA